GAGACAGCGUGAGAGGAAUAAGUUGCUCUGUGAUUGGUUGGUGCGGGAUUUCAAACCGGAGCCGGCGGCACGGUACUGCUCUGCCGUUGGUUACAGCGCGUAGGAAAGUGGAAGGCGGUCCCAGAAAGAUGGAGACUACGAUGCUGAAUUUGCGGAAUCUGUUCGAGCAGCUUGUGCGCCGGGUGGAGAUUCUCAGUGAAGGAAAUGAGCUCCAAUUCAUCCAGUUGGCAAAGGACUUUGAGGAUUUCCGUAAAAAGUGGCAGAGAACAGACCAUGAACUGGGUAGAUACAAGGAUCUUUUGAUGAAAGCAGAGACUGAGCGUAGUGCUCUGGAUGUUAAGCUGAAGCAUGCACGCAAUCAGGUGGAUGUAGAGAUCAAACGGAGACAGCGAGCUGAGGCUGACUGCGAAAAGCUGGAACGACAGAUUCAGUUGAUUCGAGAGAUGCUCAUGUGUGACACAUCUGGCAGCAUUCAACUAAGUGAAGAGCAAAAAUCAGCUUUGGCUUUUCUCAACAGGGGCCAACCAUCCAAUGGCAAUGCUGGGAACAAAAGACUAUCAACCAUUGAUGAAUCUGGUUCCAUUUUAUCAGAUAUCAGCUUUGACAAGACUGAUGAAUCACUGGAUUGGGAUUCUUCUUUGGUGAAGACUUUCAAACUGAAGAAGAGAGAAAAGAGGCGCUCUAAUAGCCGACAAUUUGUUGAUGGUCCACCUGGACCUAUAAAGAAAACUCGUUCCAUUGGCUCCACAGCAGACCAGGGGAAUGAAUCUAUAGUUGCAAAAACUACGGUGACUGUUCCCAAUGAUGGUGGGCCCAUCGAAGCUGUGUCCACGAUUGAGACUGUGCCGUAUUGGACCAGGAGCCGAAGGAAAACAGGUACUUUACAACCUUGUAACAGUGACUCCACCCUGAGCAGCAGGCGGCUGGAGCCCAGAACUGAAACAGACAGUUCCAGCACUCCACAGAGUAACGGAGGGAUGCGCUUACAUGACUUCGUCUCUAAGACGGUUAUUAAACCAGAAUCUUGUGUUCCAUGUGGAAAGCGGAUAAAAUUUGGCAAGCUGUCCCUGAAGUGUCGAGACUGUCGUGUGGUCUCUCAUCCAGAAUGUCGAGACCGCUGUCCCCUUCCUUGCAUUCCUACCCUGAUAGGAACGCCUGUCAAGAUCGGAGAGGGAAUGCUGGCAGAUUUUGUGCCCCAGACUUCACCAAUGAUCCCCUCCAUUGUUGUCCACUGUGUAAAUGAGAUUGAACAGAGAGGGCUUACAGAGACAGGCCUGUAUAGGAUCUCAGGCUGUGACCGGACAGUAAAAGAGCUGAAAGAGAAAUUCCUCCGAGUGAAAACUGUACCCCUCCUCAGCAAGGUGGAUGAUAUCCAUGCUAUCUGUAGCCUUCUGAAAGACUUCCUUCGAAACCUCAAAGAACCUCUUCUGACCUUUCGGCUAAAUAAGACCUUUAUGGAAGCAGCAGAAAUCACAGAUGAGGACAACAGCAUAGCUGCCAUGUACCAGGCUGUUGGUGAACUGCCCCAGGCCAACAGGGACACAUUAGCUUUCCUCAUGAUUCACUUGCAAAGAGUGGCUCAGAGCCCAAACACUAAAAUGGAUGUUGCCAAUCUGGCCAAAGUGUUUGGCCCUACAAUAGUUGCCCAUGCUGUGCCCAAUCCAGACCCAGUGGCAAUGUUACAAGACAUCAAGCGUCAACCCAAGGUGGUGGAGCGCUUGCUUUCACUGCCUCUGGAAUAUUGGAGUCAGUUCAUGAUGGUAGAGCAAGAGAACAUUGAUCCCAUGCAUGUCAUUGAAAACUCCAAUGCCUUUUCAACACCACAGACACCAGAUAUUAAAGUGAGUUUACUGGGGCCUGUGACCACUCCAGAGCAUCAGCUCCUCAAGACGCCUUCAUCUAGCUCCCUGUCGCAGAGAGUCCGCUCCACCCUCACUAGGAACACUCCCAGAUUUGGGAGCAAAAGCAAGUCUGCCACCAACCUAGGACGACAAGGAAACUUCUUUGCUUCUCCAAUGCUCAAGUGAAGUCAUGUCAGCCUGUUACUCCCCAGCAUUUACUGACUGCAAGAAGGGGCGCACCUGUACUCUGCUCUGCAGCCUCCUGUACUCAUUACUACUUUUAGCAUUCUCCAGGCUUUUAAUCAAGUUUAAUUGUGAAUGGGGGUUUUAUUAAAACUAGAUAUAUCUCCCUUUCCCUCUCCUCAAGUGUAAUACAUCAACACGUUGUGCUGGUUGUUGGGAGCUUUUAGGUGGGAGAUCUUUUGCAGGGGUGAAAGGGGUUGUAUGGAAUUCACUGAGACUCUUUUGGAGGGAAAGUGGGAACAGUGUCCCUUUGGCUUAAAGCCAAAUGCUGCCUCACAGAAUGACCUUUCUCUGCUGUCAUUUAGAACUAAUUUUCAUGAGACAACGACAGAAACCCCACCUCUUUGGUAAGACUGACUUGUCUCAAGGUACAGAAAGGAUUGGACAGAGGAUAUAGGAUGGUUCCUUCUGAGGACUCAGAAGAGGCCUUCCCCCAUUUUGAAUUGAGCUGUAAGAUGGAGCCUUCAUAAGAAUGGAAUAGAGUGAGGUUAAAACUAGUGAUGGAAAUAUGCUUAGCUUUAAUUUGGAUUGAUUAGCUCUUAAUUGUGUUAAGUGACACAACCUUGUAAAUAUGAUACUAAAACUUGUAUUUAUCUCUAAUGGGCCUCUGGCUGGACUUUGGGGUUUGGUUGGAGUCAAAGCCAGUUUGUUCUUCUAAAGUUGAAUUCAUUCUAAUGCUUGACCCUGCUCCCUCCUUACAUUGUCCAAUGGAGCCCUAAUUCUAAAGGUCCGUAGGCCAUCUUCUCGGCAUCCCAGAUAAUAAUUAAGAGUAGGCUGUAAGGGAAGAUUGCCAAUAUUUUGUGUGGGAAAGAAAGCCACCGUCGUUUUUGUCUUUGCACUUUGCUGAAAUCUUCCCACAGAACAUAAUCCAUAUCUAGAUAAAUGUGAGUUUUUUGGUCUAUAAAAAUUUUCAUUGUCUAUAAAAAUGAUUUCUUCUAUAGAAUGUUAUCCAUACUGACCCCUGUCUUAGAAACACAUAUUUGGAAUAAUAUUUGGAAAAAAGUAAAUAGCUUUUUCAAAAAUGAAUAUGUGGUUGGUUUUCUUGUCCUGGAAAGUAACCUUCAAUGCCUUUUAGAAAGUAUUUUCCUUCAUAAUGUGUUGAAUCCAUUGUUCAUCUCUCUUUCCCACCCUCUGAACCCACCCAACCUUACAGGAAUUUGUUUCUUCAUUUCUCAUUCAACCUCUUUCAUUAUCCAUACUGGAGUCCCAUGAUAUCCUGUGACUGUUAUCCUAUAGUUUGAAGAAACUACUUUAGCAAACUUUUUUUUUGUUAAAUCAUUUUAUUGAGAUAUAUUCACAUACCAUGCAGUCAUCCAAAACAAAUCGUACAUUUGAUUGUUCAUAGUACCAUUACAUA